AUGUAUGUGGGUGUGUAUGUGUCUGUAUUUUUUUCACUGCUUUAGUCAACUAAAGCAAAGCUUUACUGAGGCCCCAGGGCCAUGGGGCUCAGGCAAGAGGCUGCCCUGCAGGGGAAGGAGGAACCCAAGGAGGGACCUUAUUUGACUUUACUCUGAGGGCGUGGGUGGUUGGUGUGGCCACACUUUAUGCAGCACUUGACAGUAUGAGGUUGCAGGGGAACAGAACACUUUCAGGAGAUCACCUUGUUGCUGCCAUAUUUCUGGGUGAGCUGGCAAAGGGGAGGCUUGUUGAUGCCACCCCCAGGCAAAGCACCAUGUGCAGGACUCCAUGAAGAUGGAUGUGAGAGUCAGGGAGGCACAGCAACUGAGCCUAGCCCAGCUCCAAAAUCACAGGGCAGGCCCUCCAGUGUCCUACAGACCAGGGCUUGUUAAGUGGGACAGACACACCAUGUCAGAAUCCUUUCUGUGUCUUAACAGUAGAUGGAUGACACCAGCCCAACAUCUCAGUUUCCCUUAUCAGGCAUAUGAUUUGUAGAUUAUUUUCUCCCACUCUGGGUUGUCUUCGUACUGUUUACAGUCUUUUAAUGCAACAAAAGUUAAAUUUUCAGGGAGCCCAGUUUGUUUUGCCUUUGGGGUCUAUUCAAGAAGUUGCCAAAUCCAAUGUCACAAAGCUGUUGCCUUAUGUUUUUUUCUAAGAAUUUUCUGUUUCACUUCUUAUGUUUAAGUUUUUAAUCUAUUUGGAGUUAAUUUUUUAUAGGGUGUUUCUGUCCAACUUUAUACUUUUGCAUGUGGAUAUCGUUUUUCCAGUAACAUUUAUUGAAAAGACUGUACUUAUGGUAACACCAUAGCGUUUUGAUUGCUGUAGCUUUGCAGUUAGGUUUUGAAGUCAGGAAGUGAGUACUCUGUUAUUUUCAGAACUGUUUUGGCCGUUUGGGUCCCAUUGAAAUUCCCUAUUAAUUCAGGAUGGGUUUUUUUUUUUUUUUUCUACUUCUGUAAAAACAUCAUUGGGAUUUUUGAAAUGGAUUCCACUGAAUCUGUAGGUCCCUUGAACAUGGGGGCGUCUUUCCAUUUGUUAGUUUUGUAGUUUCCGUUGUACAGAUCUUUCAGUUCUUGGUUAAUUCCUGAAUAUUUUACUCCUGAAACUGUUCUCUUAAUCUCCUCUCUUUACAUAAUUCCUAGACACAGUGUACUUAAGGACUCUCCGGGUUUCCCUUGGGCAUUCCCGGCCAGGGAACGGGAACUAACGCGACAGGCCGGACUGUCGGCACAAAGUGUUCAACGGACCCUGACCCUACGCCAGGACUGCGGUGUGCAGUGCAGGCUCCUGGAGCUCAUGCAGGGAUACAUGCGGGGCUUCGGCGGUGGCACCCGCUGGGGGCACCCGCUGCCCACCCGGCUCGUCCUCGCGGGUAGAGUCGUGUUACGAGUGGGCGCCGUAACCAAGGACGAGCUCUCCGUAACUCCCGCCCACGGACCUCGAAACCAGCUGGGGUCCGUCCAUCUACCGCUUUCGGAACAGGAGGCGGGCAGAGCCGGCGGGCAGAAGAGAACCAGGCCGCAGGGGAACCGGCCAAGCCUCCCCGGCCGCCCGAGCUCCGCGCCCGCCCCCAGCGGUUCAUCUCGCGAGACGACGGGUCCCCGGGAGGCACACACUUCUUCCCCCUCUGCUAGCGCCGAGGUUUGCCGUCAGGUUCCAUUCCGGGAGCGCGGAAGUGGCUGUGGUGCCGCCGCCCAGAGAAGCCAACCGCCUUUUCUACACAAAAAGCCGAACCUUCGGGCGCUAUGGAUGCGCGGCAAGGGCGACAAAACCACGCAGCCCUGACGCUCGCCCAAGCUCACUUCCAGAAGGGCGAAUACGCGGAAGCCGAGGAGCUGUACUCCGCUUACAUUGGCCAGUGCGCCUGCGCGGGCUCCGCGGGCCAGGCGCCCGGGAGUUUGUCGAGGAAGCCAGUCCCGUGUCUUGAGAGUCCGGAUUUGCUGAAUUCAUCCCCCGGAGGUCAUCUCCUGUGGUCCCCCGUCCCCUACAGCGCUUGGUUUGUCUUUGUACUUGUGGAUGGAGUGGCGUGGACCGGGGUGAGAAAAGAACACCCACAGCAGGGGAAUGAACGGCUUUUUGACAGUGUCGAAUCCUCUGCACCAGCAUUCUCUCCCUGCAAAGAUUUAGUUGUUGUUUUUUUUUAAGAUUUUAUUUAUUUAUGCAUGAGAGACGCAGAGAGAGAGAGAGAGAGAGAGAGAGAGGCAGAGACACAGGCAGAGGGAGAAGCAGGCUCCAUGCAGGGAGCCCGACGUGGGACUCGAUCCCGGGUCUCCAGGAUCAGGCCCUGGACCCAAGGCGGCGCCAAACCACUGAGCCACCCAGAUUCAGUUUUUCUUGACAGGAUACCAGCUUGUCUUUUGUAUGAGGCUCAAAGUUCUUCUUCUGUUUGCUGAACUCAUGUGGAGUUAAACCAGAAAAAUAAAACUGCUUUCAUAUUUUGAUAAUACAUCAAGGUUAACAGUUAGUUGAGGUUUCUGAACAGUCAAUAAGACACUAGCACCAUCCCCUGAGACUCCCCUCCUCUGCCAAAAAAGAUCAGUUAACAUAGAAAAUGCAGUUUUCUAUCAUUUCAAGCUCAAAGGAUGACUUAUCUAGUUGGUUUCAAAAAGUAUUUAUCAGCAGCAGGUCUGCUGACACCAGAUAGUCUCCUUUGCACAUCCAGCCUAAAAGCACCUAUGUGUUUAUGGCAAAUGUGGUAUCUGCUUCUUCCCAACACAGGAAAGAAAAUCUGCUGCCUUAGUUUGCUGGACACCCAGCACGCCUGAAUGAACUUUCUAAUUUCCUUACAGUUCUGAAAUUCUUCUAGGAAGUCAUGAAUUUAAAAUGGAUUCUGUCAUUUCAGAUGUUUUCCUAAAUAUGUCUUUUAGCUUAAAAUUAUUUUUUAAAAUAGUGGGUCACUGAACCACUGUGAAGAAGUAUUUGUGAUUUUUGCAUGCCUAUCACUCAGAAUGGUUUAUAACAUUUACUUUUCAUAUCCCAAAGUGCAGUCUAAGCCAUAAACCUAACUUCCAGGUUAUUUUUGUUUGUUUGUUUUUUGUUUUUUUUUUGGCUAAAGUUACAAAUGCAAAAAAGAAAUCCACAUUUGUAUUAGGUAGUUAAAUUCUAGUAUGAUAAAUACUAUCAUUACAAAAAUCUUAAUACUACCAAAAAAUUCAUUUUCUAUGAUUAGUCCAUGUUUUCAUUUAUUUUUUUUCUUAAGGAUUUUUUAUUUGUAUAUUUGAGAGAGAGAGAGCAUAAGCAGGGAUGAGGGAGAGGGAGAAGCAGGCUUCCC